AUGAAGAAAGUAAGCGUAUUGUCGAUUUCAGCGACCGCCACCUGCAAACUCAAUGCAGCCGUGAUUGAGGCUGUCACAAACUCUCACAAUGAGCUCAGAGCAAACGUUGCCAAGCGCAACCUGAGCACUGCAAUUUUUGGAGACAUACCUGGAUCAAAAACUCUUUUCAAGCUGAAGUAUGAUUGUGCAAACGAAGGAUUUGCACAGGCCACCAUUGGAAACAAAUGCAAGCAUUCCAGCAUCUACAUGGACAAAAUUGGAAGAGCCGAGAACUUUAUUACAUAUAGACUGGCUAAGAAACCAAAUGCGAGUAAACAAAAGGAACUUUUUGCUUUUGCGGUGGAAGACUGGACGGAUACGGUAGAAGAACCUUUGAGCUCAGACGUGGUGUAUACUGACACCUCCAUGAAACCAUUUGCUAAUAUGAUCUACAACAAGACGCUGAAUUUUGGCUGCUCAUUUCUAUUCUGUAACGAAACGAGCAAAGUUGCUCUUGCGUGCGUGUACGAUAAAAGGUAA